AUGCCUUUCGGUCUCACCAAUGCCCCAGCCACUUUCCAGAACAUGAUCAACCAAGUUCUCAGGAAAUACGUAGACAUCUUCGUAGUCGUCUACCUUGACGACAUCCUCAUCUUCUUACUAACGAUGGAACAAUACAAGGAGCACUCUCGAGAACCCCUUACGGGAGUCUACUUUGACAGCGUUCUCGUUAUCGUCGACAGACUCACGAAGUACGCCUACUUUAUCCCGUACAAGGAAGCAAGCAACGCCGAAGAAUUCGCCUAUACAUUCCUCAAGUACAUCAUCGCUAAUCACGGAACACCUAAGGAAAUUAAAGGAUAUGGUUACGAAGACAACACAUGGGAACCAGCCAAGAACAUCACCAAUGCGAAGGACGAACUCGCGACCUACUGGCAACAACACCAAGAACGAGAAACGACGCCAGCAGCGCCAGCAACAACAGCCCCAACAGACACCACCGGUUACCAGCGCAUCAGGCGACCUUACAAGCAUGUGCGACUACCAACGGAAGCAGACAGACUACGACAAGGAAAACCAUUUAUUCGCCUAGGAACACCAGAAAGCAACUAA